GGCCCAACCUCCAACCAUAUUUCAGACUAUCUAUCUCUUCUCAUGUACUCUUCCGUCUAUCUCUACCUAAGAAACACCAACUCGUGCUACUCGUACUACUAAACAAACAAUUGGUCAACUUGUCCAAGCCGAAUUGUCGCUGUCGCCUUUAGCACGACAAACCGACAGGACGAAGCAUGAGUUCCCACAACUACGGCCCUGAUAACGUCGAACUAAAUCGACCGAACCCUUCUUAUAGAACCAACAUACCCAAUUCUGACGUCUCUCCCCCAACAACAACGUCACAAGUCACUGUCGUUCAUCAUCUUAACUCGCGGCCUAGGCCCGACACAUCUACCCAAGAGCCCUCACCUCCAUCUUCACAGCAGACCGUUGUACCCUAUGCGCCCACUCCUCCAUCGGCCCCUUCCGCUCCUUCAGUAUCCUCCGAAUCAGAGAUCUACGGCCCGGACCGACUUUUCGGGCCCCCACCAGUGGCACCAGAGAAUGCCGAUCGCUCGCUGAUAUCAAGCCCGGGUGCCCGCUUCGACCAACCACAAUACCCGGCUAUGGCUAUGUUUCGAGAUACCGCUUCCGCGGAUGAUUUUAAAGAUGAUCUCACAAGAGCCGCCGGCGUUGUUACCCCUGGAGUUGAUGAUGGUCCUUACAUUCAAUAUGCUCUAGACGCCCUCACUCGUGAUCGAGAAUCAUCGGGAUACCCUUCUUCUAGCAGCGAUGAAUCAGCUCGACCACCGUAUCACUUUACACCAACCGCAGUUCCAGCUCCCUUCAGACCGCCCUCAGUGCAAUUACCUCCGCAAGCAACUAGAGGCAACAAUGAUCCUCAGCAAUGGCCCUUAGUUCCAGGCCCUCGCGUUAUUGCUCUGCCCCCGAACACCACUGCAGAGGAUUUACGUCAGGGAUGGCCGGAGCGGUUACGUCGAGCAGAACUAGCGAGUCAACCUCUUUGGGAUGUAAUUCCGGAUACUACCGACGAAAACGAAGCCUUUAAAGCUCGCAUCCGGCCCAUUCCUCAGACACACGACGAGCGCCUCAAACUGGAAAAUAGACCGCCGGACUCAAAACUGCCCCUACCGCGAAAUCUAGAUCACUGGCAGCCCCGGUCAGAUCUACUAAUCGAUUCCGAGACGGGAUUGCACCAUUGUGGAAAAGCCUUGCAGUAUCAAGCGCCCCUGACGCUGAAGCCCUGGGUCCUACGGUCGCAAUCGCUGUUUAUUUUGGGAACACUGUGCUUAUUGAUGGUUGCGGCCCUCGUGUUCUGCGCUGUCUACUCCAUGGGCCGCAACGGUUUAACACCAUACGCCGGUACAAUCUACGGCGGCCAAUAUUUCCUUUUCCGAAUGCUGCCCCAGCUAUUGGCGAUAAUUAUCCUGAUUUACGCCCAAUGUGUUAUUACUGCUGCGUUCUGGGUCUUGCCAUUUUCUAAUAUGGCCUCAGAUAAUCGUAAUGAACGACGAGAUGCCGUCUUUUUGUCUUUAUUCCCCAAGUCGUUCCUCUGGCCCCAACUCGUAGGGAACUGGAGUAUUUGGAUACCCAUAUUUAAUGUUUGGCUUUUGAACUUCACAAUCCCUCUGCAAAGCAGUCUCUUCACCGUCAUUUUCGUGGACGGGACUUGGACCUGGGCAACAGUACAGGGUGUAGCGUGGACGUUGGUGGCUCUAUAUGUGUCUUUUCUACUGGCACUGGUCGUAAUGAUAGUGUUUUGGCAUCGGCGAACAACCGGGAUGAUGCGACCCUGGAGUCUUCGGACUUUAGCAGAUAUCAUCUUCCUGAUAUCCCAAAGUAAUUCGUUGCAUCGAUACCGCGGGCUCGAGACGGCAACAACGCGAGAAAGCAUGUGGCAAAAACUGGGCGGGACUGCUGAAAGGCUUGGAUUUUGGUUCUGCCCUGAAGCACCAAAAGUCGGAACAUGGUACGGCAUCGGAGUAUCGACCGGCGCUGAAGAUAUCAUAACCGAGAAGAUGGAUAAUCCAGGAUGGACCAGCCAACAAGAAGCCCCCUUAGAGGCUGGCGAGCAGCCCCUGAGCCCUAGCAUCCGUUACCGCUACCUUCCGUGGUGCUUUCGAGAUGGUCAGAUCAUUUUCUUCGCCGUUGCAUCUUCGAUUCUCCUGCUCGCUUUAAUCAUCGUAUCAUUUCUUCCCGCCACGGAUAUACGCAACGGUUUCCUCCCUCAAAUAAGCCCUGCUCCUGUCACCGGUGCAUUUUCGGCAGCUAACUUCGUCUAUUCUUUUGUUCCUUCGCUUCUCGGACUCAUGCUAUUUCUCAUGUUUCAGUCCCUAGACCUAACAUUGCGGAUCUUAACCCCGUGGGGUGAACUUGCACGUCCGGAAGGUUCACGAGCAGAAACCUCGCUUCUCUUGGACUAUUCCACCUGCCUCCCCUUUGAGUCGACUUAUAAGGCUUUGAAGAACAAGCAUUGGCGGGUAGCUGUUGUGUCUUUUCUAUCCGUAUUUUUUGCCCUUCUACCAGUUUUGGCUGGUGGACUGUUCAUGGCCCUAACUCCUCCUUCUGGAGAAGUACGCAUGUAUCCCAAUGUACCUGCUUUCGCCAUUAUUCUCGCCCUCCUAUUCCUAUACGUAGGCGGGCUCAUCUGCUUGGUGCCCAAGAGGCAACAGUUCUGCCUCCCCCAUGCCGUCACCUGCCUAGCCGAGAUCAUUAGCUUUUGCUGCGACGAACAGCUGCGUACGGACGAGGCAUUCGACUUGCACAUGGUCUUGGAGUCCCAUGACCUUGCCGGGAACCUUGAUAUCGGCAAGGACUGGCACAGGCAGGGCCGAUGGACUUUCAGCGCCGGCCGAAAUAACGACGAACGACUCGGCGUCAAGCGCUACAGCAAGUACACCGUCAACCCGAAGAAGCUACGAGCUUACGACAAGAGAGCUAGAGGCCAGCUUAUCUCGGCGCCUCUGCCUCAUGACAGCAGUUCACUGUUCAAGCGCUAGAUUGUGGCGGCUUUUGCAUAUUACAUAUUAUUUUGCUAUUUAGCUUGUACAUAUUUCUUAUUUUUAUUCAACUACCAACCCAUUUUACCAACGGAUUUAACGACGACAGAUUGAUACGCUGUAUGUAGAGCAUGGA